UCACGCAUCACCUCCAAAGCCCAAUUCCGCGUGCCAGCACAAUGGCAACUUCAUAAUCACCUCCAGAGUCUCCCCUUUUGCCUAUUUUUUCUUCCAUUCCUCAGUUUUUAUUUUUUUAUUUUUUUGUGGUUCUCUGAACCUUGAGAAGAGUCGGGGUUCUUCGAGAGGAGAGUUCAGAGAGGAAGGAAAAAAACAGUUCUUGGAACCGAAAAAUGGAGAGCUGGAGGCUUCGACUGGGAUCCUUCUUGCUGUGGGUCUCUCUGUUGUAUCAAAGAUUGGAGCUUUGCGUUUCUAUAAAUGCUGAAGGAAGGGCUCUUUUGAGAUUUAAAAAGAGGGUGGAGGUCGAUCCUUGCAGCGCUCUUUCGAAUUGGAACGAAGGCGAUGCUGAUCCAUGCUCUUGGUUCGGGGUCGUCUGCUCUGAUGAUGGAAGAGUCGUGGCUCUGAACCUGAAAGAUCUUUGUCUUAAGGGGAAACUUGCACCUGAGCUUGGGAAGCUGAUCCACAUGAAGUCUCUCAAUUUAUACAAUAAUUCCUUUUAUGGAGUCAUCCCUAGCGAGAUUGGAGAAUUACAGAAGCUGGAGGUAUUGGACUUGGGGCACAAUUAUAUUGAUGAACCACUUCCACCUGAGCUUGGAACCAUAUCAUCGUUAGAGAUCCUUGUACUCAGAAACGACAAAUUUGUUGGUGACACAUCACCUGAAAUACAUGAGCUGAACGUUAUCUCUGAGAUUCAGGUUGAUGAACAACAGUUAUCAUCAAGCCGGAAACAAGUUACAAGGAAUGUUGAAAAUGCAACUAUGCGGAGGCUUCUGCGAGCACAUGAGCAACCACCAAAUAAAUCUCCUUCCCAUGCUCCAGAGUCCUCUCCUACCCAGCCUUUGGCCUUGAAAUUAGCAAUUGGGGGAGCAUCUCUUCUGCUGGUUUUAUCUGCCGUAUACUUGCUUUGUUACCGAGCCAACAAGGUUGUCACUGUCAUGCCUUGGAGAACAGGUUUAAGUGGGCAGUUGCAGAAAGCAUUUGUGACAGGUGUACCUUCGCUCAGACGCCCGGAACUUGAAAUAGCUUGUGAAGGUUUCAGCAAUAUCGUUGGUUCUUUGUCAGAUUUCACAUUGUACAAGGGAACACUGUCCAGUGGGAUUGAAAUAGCUGUGACAUCUACAAUGGUUACAUUGGCCAAGGAUUGGUUAGAACAAUAUGAAGCUCACUUCAGAAAGAAGAUAUCAUUGCUAUCCAAAAUAAACCAUAAGAAUUUCAUGAACCUUCUUGGCUAUUGUGAGGAAGAAGAGCCUUUCACCAGGAUGUUGGUGUUUGAAUAUGCACCAAAUGGAACGCUUUUUGAGCAUUUGCACAUUAAAGAAGCCGAGCAACUGGAUUGGGCUGCACGUCUGAGGGUAGCCAUGGGAAUAGUGUACUGUUUAGAGCACAUGCACCAGCUUAACCCUCCUGUAGUUCUUAGAAAUUUGAACUCAUCAUCUAUAUAUCUUACUGAAGAUUAUGCGGCCAAGAUUUCGGAUCUUGGGUUUUCUGAUCUGGAAAAAGAACAUGAGUCGGCUUCUGAUGGCUCAGAUCAAGAGAGCAUUGUAUAUAAGUUUGGGAUAAUACUGCUGGAAAUAAUUUCUGGGAGGCUUCAAUUCUCCCAGGAUGAUGGCUUGCUUGUGCUCUGGGCUUCAGGUUAUCUUACUGGGAAAAGACCCCUCAAGGACAUGGUUGAUCCAACCCUUGGAUCAGUCCGAGAGGAAGAUCUCAGUGCACUGUGUGAGGUGAUACGGUCCUGCAUAAAUCCAGAGCCAAAGGAGAGACCAACAAUGGCAGAGGUUGCCAGCCAAAUGAGACUAAUUACAGCAAUGCCGCCAGUUGAAGCAACUCCAAAAUUGUCCCCAUUGUGGUGGGCUGAGCUUGAGAUUUUACAUUCAUAGGCUAGCUUGAGAAGAAGUAGAUAAUAGUUAAUGAGAAUUUCCUUUUUAUUUUUCUUAUUAUAUCAUCUUAAAUUUUUAAACCUCGGUAUCAGCUGUUUGUAUAUAAUCCUUAGAUUCAAGGUUUGCCGUCUUGAUAUCGGAUUCUGUAUCGAUACAAUUCCAUUACAGAGUCGAUAUGCGGUAUCAUACAAGAUGGUGCUGCAUUCUGAAUGUUGGAAUGAUACGAAAACUACAUAUCUGUUCGGUAUCAAUAUGGUAUAUCCGGUAUAAUAUGCUUUAAAUUGAAACCUUGUUUGGAUUUGGUUAAAAA